UCAUUGAAUUUAGUCGGCUGUUGAACUGUCAAAUGUUUAAUGGGGUGGUUUUUGUUUAUAUUUAUUUAUAAAACUUGGCGCAUGCUGUUUUCUACGUUAGCAUUUUAGUGUAUUUCGUCACGUUAUAUAAAGCAAAGGAAAGGAAAAUUAACAGGGCACAUUAAACUACAAGAUCAACGAAAUCCUCCUGUUGAACUAAAUAGAGCAGCAUGUCGUCAUCGGAUGAAAUGCUAUCUAGCGACAAUAAUGAUUCGGAUUUGGAGGAUACCGUUGAAGAUUCCGGCAGCACAUCGAGGGUCCAGCUAACAGAUGAUGACUACCGGCAGAUGCCUUUUGAAGAAUUGCUUCAAUUGAAACGCCGCCUUGGUUCAAAAGUUUACAAUGAAGCUGUUUUUGGAAAUACACAUAAAGAUGAUAAAAAUACUGUUUCUCAAUCGGUCAAGGGAACGAAAAGGGAAACCCGUGUUUCAAAUGAAGAAAGCGACUCUGAUGGACCACCGGAAGAGUUAACAGCUAAACGGAAGGUUCCCGCAUUUGGAAUAACGAAAAAUCGUCGUGAGGCCUCCCAAUCCCGUUCCAAAGAUCCUCGAUUUGAUUCUAAACAUGGCUACUUCAGCGGCAGACAAUUCCGCGAACAAUACGGGUUUAUAAACGAUUUGAGAACCACCGAGUUGCAGAAGCUUAAGAAACAGCUAAAAGAAACGGAAGAUCCGGAAGAAAUUGAUCAGAUAAAAUUUGCCAUCCGUAGGACAGAAAAUCAGAUUCACGAAUUCAACAAACAGAAAACGCAGGACAAGAAACGGCAGGACGAAAAACUUCAAACUCGGCAAGCAAUCGACGAAGGAAAACGGCCAUUCUAUGAGAAGAACAGCACGAAAAAGGCCCGUGAAUUGGUGGAGAAGUAUGAUAAACUUAAGGAAGAAGGUAAAAUCGGUAAACACAUUGAUAAGCGCAAAAGAAAAAUUACCGCGAAAGAUAGGAAGAAACUUGAUUUUUCAACUUAAAUUAAUAAGAAACUACUAAAAAAUGA